UCUUCCUUGCGCCAUUGGGCUUCCACUUUUCUCUGUUUCUCUAUCAUAAGGCUCUGCAAUGGCUUCUUGUGGCGUUUUGCGCUCAUUUUUUGCUCUUCUUCUUCUAGUUUGUCUUCAAUGGCGUUUAGCUGCAUCUUCUGCUUUGUUACACUUCAGAAACCACCCCCACAACCGCUCACACCACCACCACUACCACGGACACAUGAUUCAAGCCAACCAAUCUUGUGCGUUGUUCGUGGGCACCUGGGUUCGUGAUGAAACUUACCCGCUUUACCAAUCUUCUGACUGUCCAAUCAUUGACCCGGAAUUCAACUGUCAAAUGUACGGUCGCCCAGAUUCCGAUUACCUCAAAUACAGAUGGAGGCCCCUUGAUUGCGAGCUCCCAAGGUUCAAUGGGAUUGAGUUUUUGCUGAACAUGAAGGGUAAAACUGUGAUGUUUGUGGGAGACUCGCUGGGGCGCAACCAGUGGCAGUCAUUAAUUUGUAUGAUAUAUUCUGCAGUACCUCGUGCAAAAACGCAAAUGGUCAGGGGAGAUCCAAUCUCAACCUUCAGAUUCUUGGACUAUGAAGUGUCACUUUCAUUCUACAGAUCUCCAUAUCUGGUAAACGUUGAUUUGAUCGGAGGGAAGAGAAUUCUAAGGCUGGAUGAGGUAGAUGGGAAUGGUGAGGCAUGGAGAAAUGCUGAUGUACUGUCCUUUAACACAGGACAUUGGUGGACUCAUCAAGGAUCCCUUCAAGGAUGGGAUUAUAUAGAAUUAAGCGGCAAAUUCUAUCCAGACAUGGACCGUUUGGCAGCUUUAGAAAGAGGUCUCAAAACUUGGUCUAAUUGGGCGGAUGCUAAUAUUGAUAGAAGCAGAACUAAAGUGUUCUUCCAGGCCAUUUCUCCCACACAUUACAACCCCAGGGAAUGGAAUGGGAUAGGGACAACAGAAACAACAACGAAGAAUUGCUACGGGGAAACAGCACCAAUCCACAGCGCAGCAUACCCAGGAGCAUAUCCAGAGCAAAUGAGGAUAGUGGAGAUGGUGAUUAGGGAAAUGGCAAGACCUGCUUACAUGCUUGACAUUACAAUGCUAUCAGCUCUGAGGAAGGAUGGCCAUCCUUCCAUUUAUAGUGGUGAUUUGAAUGCUCAGCAGAGGGCUAACCCUGACUUCUCUGCAGAUUGCAGCCAUUGGUGCCUUCCUGGCUUGCCUGAUACAUGGAAUCAACUCUUCUAUACCGCCCUGUUCUUCUUCUAGUUGUGUUCUUUUUCUGUAAUGUUUUAUUAGGUGCUGAUAAUUCUUAUUUGAGGGUUGAGUAAUUGCAACUCCUCAUAAAGUACCGCUAAUGAAGAGAAAACAAAGUUUUCUUUGUUGUUUAUUGAUGUAAAACGAUAGAUUACAAAAAAUAAUUUGCUAGGCCAUCAAUAACAAAACCAACGAACACUGUACUUCAAAACUAGCUGAUUCACUUUCUUGUCCGAGAUCAGAACAUGGCUGCAAUGAGAGCUUGAACUUGAUCAAGCCAAACUUUUUUUU